AUGUCGAACUACCACCCCGAGCUUCUCGCCCCCUUCCUCGCCCUCCCCCAGGGUGACAAGAUCCAGGCCGAGUAUGUCUGGAUUGACGGCGAUGGUGGACUCCGUUCCAAGACUACCACCGUCACAAAGAAGGUGACUGACCUCAACACCCUCCGCAUCUGGGACUUCGAUGGCUCGUCCACCAACCAGGCGCCUGGCCACGACUCCGAUAUCUACCUCCGCCCGGCUUCCAUCUUCAAGGACCCCUUCCGCGGUGGUGACAACAUCCUCGUCCUCGCCGAGUGCUACAACAACGACGGCACUCCCAACCGCACCAACUACCGUCACCACGCGGCCAAGGUCAUGGAGGAGGCCAAGGACUUCGUGCCCUGGUUCGGUCUCGAGCAGGAGUACACCCUCUUCGACAUGGACGGCACCCCGUACGGCUGGCCCAAGGGCGGUUUCCCCGGCCCCCAGGGUCCCUACUACUGCGGUGCUGGCGCUGGCAAGGUCUUUGCCCGCGACCUCAUCGAGGCCCACUACCGCGCCUGCCUCUACGCCGGCGUGAACAUCUCCGGUAUCAACGCCGAGGUCAUGCCCUCCCAGUGGGAGUUCCAGGUCGGCCCGUGCGAGGGCAUCUCCAUGGGCGACCACCUCUGGAUGGCCCGCUACCUCCUCGUCCGCAUCGCCGAGCAGUGGGGCAUCAAAGUCUCGUUCCACCCCAAGCCCCUCCAGGGCGACUGGAACGGCGCCGGCUGCCACACCAACUACUCCACCAAGGCGAUGCGUGAGCCUGGAGGCAUGAAGGUUAUCGAGGAGGCCAUCGAAAAGCUCUCGAAGCGCCACAACGAGCACAUCGCCGUCUACGGCGAGGACAACGACAUGCGUCUCACCGGCCGCCACGAGACCGGCCACAUCGGCCAGUUCUCGUCUGGCGUCGCCAACCGUGGUGCCUCCAUUCGUAUCCCCCGUCACGUCGGCGCCCAGGGCUACGGCUACCUCGAGGACCGUCGCCCCGCCUCGAACAUCGACCCGUACCGCGUCACCAGCAUCAUCGUCGAGACCACUUGCCUUAACAAGUAG